UUUAAUGAGCUCUUUAAUGCAUUCCACAUCCUUGCUGCCGCAUGCGGAAGCCACCGUAAUAGCCACCACGCAACCAUCAAGUGGAGCACGAACGAUCAACGAUUACCAUUUAGCAAUCGAGUGAGUCGAGAAAAGACGAUCGAGUAAGUACACAAAUAAUCAAGGACGAGAGCAAAACCCAAGAGAGGAUCGAGCAUCCACAAUAGAGGAAGAAUCGAAUCAACCCAAGACUACUACGAGAAAUCGGACUACUACUAGUUACUGGGAAUCAAAAUUCAGCAAGCAUCGAAUGAUAUUGCCGGAAGAAGACGAUCACAGCAGCAGCCAUCUAACCAACAACCAGCUCAAGCGACAAGAACAACAAGGACAAAGAACAACAAUGUCCUUCUCAACCAUCCUGGAAGCCCUCGAUCAUCAUGCUGGAGAGACUCCUGAUAAGAUUGUCCUUACCUGGGUCGACAAGAAUUGUGAUGAACAGAACAAGAUGACAUUCACGCAGUUGGAGGAUACAUCCAAUGCUGUGGCAGCUCGUCUCCUCAAGCUGGGAUGCCAAAAAGGAGACCGGGUCAUGGUGGCAUAUCCCUUUGGCCUCGAGUUCUUGGCUGGAAUGUUUGGAGCCAUGAAGAUUGGAGUCAUCCCUUGCUCUAUCUAUCCACCCAAUCCAAAUCAGCUCAAGACAGAAAUGCCCAAAUUCCGCAGAUUUGCAGAGGAUGCCGGAGCAAAGUAUGCCCUCUCCACCAAUACAUUUGCCACUGCCAUGGCUGCAGCCAGUGUCCUCUACAAGACUGGUGUCACAUGGAUUGGAACCGACAAAAUCUCAACCAAAAAGAGCAAAUCAAAAACGCCUAACGCUUAUGAGACGUACAUGGGAGAACCAAACGAUAUCUGUUUUAUCCAGUACACCUCAGGCAGUACGGGAAGUCCCAAAGGAGUCAUGAUCAGUCACCACAACCUAGCUGAGACAUGCAAGGCUGGAGUUUCUUUGACUCAAUGCUCGGAACCAAACUCUUUGGAAGUCCUGUGGGUCCCCCAAUAUCAUGACAUGGGUCUUGUGACUGGUUUUAUGGGAGCUAUCUUUUCUGGUAAUCCCCUUGUGAUGGCAUCUCCCUUGGAUUUCAUUCUCAAUCCACUACUGUGGACUGAUAUGGUCGAGAGAUAUCAAGCCACUAUCACUUCUGCCCCAAACUUUGCUUAUGCAUUGCUCCUCAAGCGCUUGGAGCAGGCCAACAGGAAAGCGGACUGGAGUUGUGUGAAGCGUGCCAUGUUUGGUGGCGAACCAGCCCAGAGCCAUGUUGUGGAAGCAGUGGCAAAGAAUCUUUCGGUCAAGCCUGAUUAUGUCUAUAAUAUCUAUGGUAUGGCUGAAAUGGUAGUGCUUGUCACUGGUGGGACAGCAAAGCCAGACCCUGAAGGUCUUGUCUGCUGUGGAGAAGUAGAUUCACCUACGCUCAAGCUUCGCAUUGUACAGGAUGGACAAGAGGUGGAGGAUGGGCAAGUUGGAAGUAUCUGGGCUCAAUCGCCACGUGUGGCAGUUGGUUAUUAUGGCCAGCCAGAGCUGACCAAAUCCACAUUUUCCAAUGCAUUGCCGGGCUAUGAUGGCACCUGGCUUGACACUGGCGAUUUGGGAAAGAUUGUUGAUGGGCAGCUGUACAUCACAGGUAGAAUCAAAGAUGUCAUCAUCAUCAAUGGCAAAAACUAUUAUCCAACGGAUGUGGAGCAUUCCAUUGAUGCAUCAUUUGGUCAUAUUGUCCGUCCAGGAAGAACAACUGCCUUUCAGUACAGAGAAGACAGUGUGGGCAUUACUUGUGAGCCGAGAAAGGAUUUUGACAAGUCUGCCAACAAAGAUUUGGCUGUUCAGAUAGCAAACCACGUCUCCCAAGUACAUGGGCUGUUUGUCUCAGAGGUUGCUGUUCUCAAAUCAGGUGCGACACCAAAGACCACAUCAGGCAAGCUGAAGAGGAGCGAGGUGCGGCAAACCACUGUUGCUGGUGAUUGGAAGCCAUCUUCUGUGAUCCUAAGGUUUCAGCGACAUGAUGGUGCCAUUCCAGUGGAAAAGGAAGGGGUCUUAAAGAAAAGCUCCAAAGGGAACCUCAUGGAACAACCUUGCAGUGGCAUCACAGAGGCAAUAGAUUUUGAAUCUUCAGGAGGUCUGAAUCCCCCCUCUACAAAUUCACCCAAGGACUUCCAAAGCUUGGUCAUCUCCAUCUUUGGUUCAGAGGUUGACACAUCUAAGUCAUGGGCUGAGAAUGGAAUUACAUCACUCAAGAGCGCGGAGCUGAGGAACAGUGUGGAGGAGGAGUUCCAUGUAGUGCUUCCAGUGAACUUUGAGCAGCUCUAUACAACACCAUUGGAGCUCCAUGAGUUCCUGGCCUCAUCUGAGGGAAAGUGCUUUCCUAUGCAAAAUCUCUAUGAUGACCCUGACUUUCCAAGCAACUCAUCUGUAUCUACGCUGAGCAAGGUACAACUUGGAGUUAUCCAAUCCCUUGGAUCAGCUCUGAUCCUUCUCUUAGUUUUGAUCUCAGCUGUUCCGUCCUACUUCCUAGUAUCCUGGGUACUGAACGAAUGUGCCUCAGCUGAAGAUGGAGAGUGCCAGAUAAUUUGGGGCCUGAUGCCCAUGAUCUUUCCUCUCUUUCUCCUAUCAUUCUCACUGGAUGUGGCCUUCUUCAAGUUUGUUGUCAUUGGCACAUAUAAAAAGCAACAAAUGGAGCUCCUAUCAUGGGAUUACAUCCGUUGGUGGUUUGUGGACAGGCUCGUGGAAGUCUGGGAGUCUAUUGUUGGACAAUUCCUUCUAGAAACCAAGUACAUUUGGAUAUUCUACUGGCUGCUUGGUGCUGACCUGGCUUGGUCUGCAAAGAUUGAAUCCUAUAUCCGUGAAUUUGACCUGGUGAAGGUGGGCAGCAACGCAACAAUUGCACAUCCUUUGAAGUGCAGAAAGUUCUCCCAGUCAAAAGAAGAGGCAAGCCCUAAGAUGACAUUCUAUCCCAUUGUUGUUGGAAAGAACUGCAAGGUCUUUGGCAUGAUCGGCCCUGGAGCGAAGAUUGGAGAUGGCAGCAAAGUGGAGAAACUAUCUGCUGUUGAUGAAGGAGCCUUAGUACCAAAUGGUGUCCUUGCUAGAGGAUUUCCAGCAUAUAAUGCUGGCCCAUUUCAUCAGCAUCAAGAAUCAAACUUUUUCGCAGAGUCAGUGUUGGAUGUCUUCAAGAUGGUCUGGGCCAUCUCUGAGGCAUACCACUUUUUCGCACUUUCCUCCUUGGUCCAUUUUGCACUCAACGGAGUCCUGCCCUCAUGGCGAUAUGGUGGCAUUCUUCAUUGGUUUCUGUUGUUUCCAUUGACAUCCUUCCUUGCCCUCCUCACAAGCAUUGCCCUCAAAUGGAUUCUGAUUGGUAAACGAGAUCCAUUAGAUGAAUAUGAAGGUUCACUCUACCGCCGGGCAACAAAUUGGGCUUGUGACUUCCACUUCCGUGUUGCUGCUUGGACUCUUGCUCCUUUCUUUGGCCAGUCCAGACUAUGGACCGUCAUCCUUUACCUUCAUGGCCUGGAUGUUGAUAUUGAAUCAGACCUCAGCAGCCCAUACUGUGUCUUCUUCCCUUCCAAGGUUGAUUUUGUGAAGGUUGGCAAGUCCUUUGUUGCAACCAGUUCUCUUGACUUGAGCAAAUGUGGGGACUCCAAGAUUGAGAUAAUCAACAGCAGCAUUGGAUAUAAUGUCAAUCUCCAUGCUGGUGUCAAGAUCAUGAAAUCAAUGAUCCCACCAAGAUCUGAUGUGUCGGACAAUGUCUACAACUUGAACCAAUCCAACAAGUUGCAGAAGCCUACAUAUUUGAUUAUGGAUUUAUUCCUUCCUGAAGUGUUGCAGCUUCUUCUCAAUGUGGUGAUUUUUGCCUCUUUCAUUCCUACCUAUGAGAUUGGCCUUGCUGCCACAGAAAGUUCUUCCAUUGCCAUUACUGCAUGUGGGCUGGAUGCAGCCAUUGUCCUUCAAUUGUUCCUGUGGGUUCUUUUGACCCGACUUGUUGAAAGGUUGCUGUUGAUCCUUCCAGGUCGUGCCCAGCAGAGUUUCUUUGGCAUCUACAUCAACCAUGUUUGGUUAUUCAACGUGGGAAAUUGGCUUGUUUUGCUUCUCUAUGGAACACCCAUGUUUGCCUACUAUGCUCGCAUGAUGGGAGCUGAGGUGGAUGGUGACCUCUGGUACUUUGGAAAUGCUCUGUAUGAGUACAGCAAACUUCACUUUGAAGGCAGCGUCAUUGUGGACAACUCCCAUGUUAGCGGACACUAUGUUGAUCGCAAUGGGCUUGCCAUUGAUGACACCUAUGUGUCUGGAUUGUUGCAUCCAGGAUGCUAUGCCUCAGCUGGAGCAAAAGUGUUUGGCUCAGAAAAUGGUCCGUGGAAACUCUUUCUGAGGAGAAGUGAUGUAGGCACCAAGGUCACGGCAGCUGCACUAGUCUAAGCUAAAAGCUAGGAAUGAAUUUGUGUUGUCCG